CGAAAAUUUUCACCACGAUUCUUCAUUGUUCAGAAAAUGGAUUGAAAGUAUCACGCUUGAUACGUGGUUUUAAUGCUCCGAAGAGGUUGGUAUUUUCGAGCUUGAAAAGAGGAUUGUGUGUGGUUUUAAUGCUCCGAAGAGGUUGGUAGAGCUUGAAAAGAGGAUCAUGUUUCGCGACGUCAUUUCCGAUGGUGCACGUGUCGCUCGUGUUGCCUUACAAUGGCUCGAGAAGCCGGCAAAGGAAGCUCUCAACCUCGCGCGAGAGGGUGGCAAGAGAGUCGACCAAAACCUUGGGAAACAUGGGUUCGGACCUGUGGGGGGUAGUGGACCCGCCACUGCGGUUUUACCCGAGAAAUUCCCCAGCAUGGCGAAGGCGCUGGACAGCGUUCCUGGACUUCUGAAUACCGCAAUGGUGCAGGGUGUUAAGUAUGAAAUUGACUUCAAGUAGAUCUUUACAGUUGUAAGUUGUUUUUUACGACUAGCUGCUCUCCUCUCUAAAAGAGACUGUUCUUUACGACUAGCUGUUCUUUGCUUUACGACUUGCUUGUCCUCCUCCUCUCUAAAAGAGACGAACAGAUAUUUAGGUAAAUAUCAAGACAGACAAGGAUCUUUUAUAUCAAGUUAGACGUUGGAGGUGGUUGCAAGUUAGAGGACCACCAAAGUCCUCGCACUCUUCUAACUUGCAACCAGCAACGAAGUCUUUACCAAAGUUGUCGCACUCUUCUAACUUGCAACCAGCAACGAAGUCUUUGACGUUUUAG